CUGACGACGGCAGCCCAGAAGAACCAAAAACAGUUGACGUCGCUUUUCUUUUCUAAAGCAUGGUUUGCGUAACCUUUACACCGGAAGUAAUAAUUGUAAACACUGUUUGCAUUUGGAGGUGAGAGGAUCACCAAAUGAAAGAUUAAAAUGUCCAAAAAUGCGAGAAUAGCGUUGAUAUUUGGGGGUUUUGCAACAGCAGUUGCCGCCGCGCUUUACCCGAUAUUUGUCUACCCGAUGACGCAUAACAAUGACUACAGAGAUGUUCAAAAGAUGAACCGGGCAGGAGUCAACCAGGCAGACGUUCAACCCGUGGGUGUGAAGGUGUGGUCCGAUCCAUACAAGUCUGCAGGCAAAUGACGACCAGUGUUAGCUAACUCCUUCCCAAUACCAUGAACACUGAUGAUGAUGAUGAUGAUGAUGAAGAUAUGGAGCAGAGAACGCCUGUUUGUUGAGUGCUUGGUGUGCGCGUGAGUGAAUGAUUUCCAGAGUGUGUUUAUUUUUGGCUGUGACUCCUUAAAUCCUAUGAAUAAAGUUUAAAGCUCUUAUGUGAAAAACA